AUGCGUACCUACUUCAAAAUAAUAUUUCUCCUGGCUGUUGUCACCCUGCUCGCCAACAGCAAGGCUACUUCACCCAAACCCCAGGACCUCAUCCAACGGAGAAGCGGACGAGUGUUGAGAGCUGAUGCAACAUACAACCAGGCCACUAAUGCCGUCGACGAAGAGAGGGCUUCAAUUCCAGAAUUGAUCAGCAAGCUCGGUAAAUCCGUGCCGAAGUGGUUUGGGGACAAGUAUCUCGCGACAAGACUGAGGCUUAAAGCGGUACAGAUGAAUCUUGACAACGUCGUGGAGAAGCUUGUGAAAGAAGGUGUCGAUCCUAAUCGGGCAUACAAAGUGUUAAAACUCAAGAAGGACAGCAACCAGUUUGUUGGUAUGCACGAAACCGGCGAAUAUAAGCUAUGGCACAAGCUUGUUACUGCCUAUCAGAAAAAGUAUCCCAAGUGGGUGAACCUGUACGCUUAA